AUGUCCUUGCGCGACAUACAAAGAUCGAUGAAGCGGGAUCCAGAGGGACACGGCAUAAGUGCCUUGGGCUAUGAUGGCGUGCUACGAACUUUUGAUGCUGAAAGAAAUGUCCUUGAUGCGAUUGGCCUGAACCCAGCCCAGGUUAGAGAAUAUUACGAAGGUCUGCCGAUGCCCGAGAGAUUUCUCACCGCCGACGGCCGUAAUGUGUCUGUUAUGGAUAUGUUCGACCCUAAUCCGGAGGAUAUUCCCAGAAAGCCUACAGACGAGGAUAGAGCUAAAACUUGGGCUUACAACGAGGAGUUGAGAAAAAGUGGGGUUUCAUGUUGUGUGCCGGGCAGGUCAACAGACGACAGUGAACCGCAUCCUGUGUAG